UACCGUGCAUAAGUGAUAAACACUGAAAAAGAACUGCAGCGCCCAUCAGACUAAAGGUCCCGUAGCUAGGGUUUUACAUUCUCUCUCUGCAGCGAAAGAAAUUUUAGUAUAGCCGCUGCAGACAGCUCUUGCAAUGACGACCGUCGUUCCCACCUCCGAAGAAGAUCCAGCCCUCGCCGUCGUCCGUUUCACGUCUGAGCUUGCCUGGGCCGACGCGGGUCCUGAGGUUGCAGAGCAACAAGUUACUAGGCUUUGUGAGGAGGCACAGGAAUGUAUGGUGGUGGGCAGAUGGCUGGACCUGGCAUCUUUAAUGCUCACUUCUGCUGAUUUGAUAUUUUCCAACUCUAAGGUCUCAGAGAAAGAACUUGAGUGCAUCUUCACUGUUAUCUGCAAUCUUGUCACCAAGUCUGAAAGUCCAGAUGAAGCGCUUGAGAUGGCAAAACUUGUAUGUGGAAAAAUUAUCCAGCAACCUACUGACAAGCCUGCAUUGCGAUUAAAGAUCUUGUUCAACCUGUACAAUCUACUGGAAAACACAUACAGCCGGUUUUAUGUUUACCUGAAGGCCCUAAAUUUGGCAGUGAGUGGAAAAGUCACAGAACAUGUCAUACCUUCUUUCAAGAAAAUUGACAGCUUCUUGAAAGAAUGGAAUCUUGAGGUGAAGGAUGAGAGGGAGCUUUUUCUCAGCAUUGCUAAUGUACUGAGAGAGAGUAAGAGCCCCUUUUCCAGCUCAGCGAAGGAUUCUUUCAAAUUCCUGACCAAGUAUUUAGCAACCUUCUCUGGUGAGGAUGCAUAUGCAAUGGCUGAAGCCAAGGAGGAAGCUGUGCGCACAAUUAUUGAAUUUGUCAAGGCACCUGAUAUGUUUCAGUGUGACCUGUUAGAUAUGCCUGCUGUGGGGCAAUUGGAAAAGGACGCUAAAUAUGCAUUAGUAUACCAGCUUUUGAAGAUCUUUCUGACUCAGAGGCUAGAUGCCUAUUUGGAGUUUCAGGCUGCAAAUUCUGCUUUACUGAAAAGCUAUGGUCUUGUUCAUGAAGAUUGUAUAUCAAAGAUGAGAUUGAUGUCAUUGGUGGAUCUUGCCUCGAAUGAAUCUGGUCGAAUUCCCUAUACCCUUAUCAAGAAUACUCUUCGGAUUAAUGAUGAAGAGGUGGAAUUGUGGGUAGUGAAGGCCAUAACUGCCAAGUUAAUCAGCUGUAAAAUGGACCAGAUGAAUCAAGUUGUACUUGUGAGUAACUGUACUGAGCGGGUAUUUGGGCAGCAUCAGUGGCUAGCACUUAGAACAAAGCUAGCAGCUUGGAGGGGUAACGUUGCGAAUGUGAUAAGCACCAUCCAAUCUAACAAGAUUACUGAAGAUGGAUCACAGGCAAUGCAAGGGCUGAUGAUUCGUUAAGGUUAUUUUUUUUAUUUGUCAUUUUAUUCCAAGGACACUAUCAAUCUGGAGAUAGGUGGGACUAAUCUUGGUGCGCAAUGUGUUUAUUUUCAGUUAUAAUUUGUUUUAGCUAGAGCCAUAGUGUAUUCAAAAAUUUUUGACAGAGGAGUCUUGUAGUCUUGUUUAACAUUAUACAAUUCCGAAUGAUUUACUGAGAUUGUAUGUAUCAUCUUCCAACCCUUUUUUGCUUUUAGUUUUACUGUUAAACUUUU